CUUCCCUCCCGGAAGUGACCCACGUGCUUCCGCUUUAUCUUACCUGGUCGCACGGUGAGUUUCUACUGUUUACCCGAAGUUGGGGACACCGCGGGGAUUGUGACUGGCCGCAGGCCGUGGACUAGGAAGCCAGAAGGAGAUCUCUUCCACGGUGCAGGGCUGAGAUGGAUCCGCUCAGGGCCCAGCAGCUGGCUGCGGAGCUGGAGGUAGAGAUGAUGGCUGAUAUGUACAACAGAAUGACCAGUGCCUGUCACCGGAAGUGCGUGCCUCCACACUACAAGGAAGCAGAACUGUCCAAGGGCGAAUCUGUGUGCCUGGACCGCUGUGUCUCCAAGUACCUUGAUAUCCAUGAGCGGAUGGGCAAGAAGUUGACAGAGUUGUCUAUGCAGGAUGAAGAGCUGAUGAAGAGGGUGCAGCAGAGCUCUGGGCCCGUGUGAGGCCCCAGACGGUAUACACCCCAAGGCAUUUGGUCUGUGCCUGCUCCGGGCUUUCAGGUGAGCCGGAUGCUAGAUGAGAACACACGUGGAUGUCUGGGAAUAGGCAGGCUCUCGAUGGCGUGCAGGGGUCCUGCCCGAAGCCAGUCGUGCCUGGUACCGUCUGCUUCCCCUGAGUGUGCACUAGACCUACAGACUGGCUUCUAACACCUCAGCAGAGACGACAGGAUGCCGUUUCUGGGGUUAAGGUACAAGAGAUCGUGAGGGUCUUGUUCGUUCUCUUCUCUUGCUUCCCAUGACGAAGCAAGCUUACAUCUUGUGAGCUGCCCUGUGAAUAGGCCUGUGUGGAAGGAACUGAGGGUAGCCUCCAGCCGGCGAGGAACUCAAUCCUGCUGACAACCCCACGAGUGACCUCAGAAGCAGACACUUCUCGGGGCGCC